CCGCGACGGCGGCCGGGCGCUCGCCUCCGAGGCCGACAUGCAGAACGCCAUAGACAGCCAGGAGCCGGCCAGCCGCACCGACAGGCUCGUCGACCUGAUGAUGGAGGCCACCGGCAGGUUCCUCAGGACGCACUCCCUGCAGUUCAAGCUGCCCGACGAGAUCCCGGGACAGAUCCAGCGCGCCCUGCAGGAUGAAGGCCGUGGUAAGAAGAAGAAGCUGUUGAAGGCUCUGCUGCCCAUCCUGUUGGGAGUGGGCGCCAAGAUGUUGCUGUUGGUACCCCUGGGUCUGUUGGUGGUGGGUGUGUUGGCGUUCAAGGCGCUCAUCGUGAGCAAGAUCGCGCUCGUCCUGGGGGCCGUGCUGGCGGUGCAGAAAUUCCUGCGCGGCGGCUCUGGCGGCAGCGGCGGCGGCUGGGCCGGCGCUGGAGCGUCCGGAGGUGGCUGGAGCAGCGCGCCGGCCGCAGUCGGCUCCGGCUGGAGCGCUGGAGGAGCGUCCAGCGGACCCGGGGGCGCGCCCGGCGGCUGGGGCCGCAGCCUGGAGGGCGACGCGCAGGAGAUCGCAUACAGCGCGCACGCGCCGCGCCCGCACCAGGACUAGCGCCCUCUCCACCUCCUCCUCAAUCCCCCUAACUUAUUCGUUAUUUAUCGCCGAGUGCCUGCUGUGUGACUGCACUGAGUCUUUCAAGUGGACACAAUCCAUUCAGUAGACAGCUAUUAUUUUGGAUCACUACGUUGUAACAAUACUUAGGAAGUACGUAAUUACAAAAGAAAUCUUAUUAUUAAUACAAUUAUGUAAAAAAUACACCUAGAGUCUCCAGCUAUGUCACGCGAACUUCUCAUGCGUUACUUAUAGCAACUGUUUCAUAGAUCGCUAUAGAUACAAUACCAUUUCGCCACUGAACAGUUCAAUAGGUAUCAGAAACGAUUUGGGAAACAAUAAACGUGACAUACGAGAAUCACCUCACUCCAUUAAUCAGUGACACUUUGCAUCGUAUCUCAAUUCACGCACUAUUUUCGCUUGAAAUAUGUAUAAUUACUGGGACUGAUGAACGAAAAGAGGAAAAAUUUUCCUUCAGCAACCGGCCACAAAGAAGACUGUCCGAAUGUUAUGUUUAUAGACCAUCUGUAUGAAGUCCAUUCUACCUUUAUGAUAGCUGUAGGAGUGUAUUUCAUAUGUAGUCCUCUCUUAACACUGUUUA